UUUCUGUGUCUUCGGCAGCAUGUCGCCAUUUUACUAGACAUUUCGGUAGCGGGAAAAUAGAGUUUUCUUAUUAUUUUACAUUUUGAACAGUUCAGGCAGGUGUGUUAGAGGCUUUUCUACUGCCUGAAGUAAAUAAGUAAAGUUGAUCAGACAAUGGCUCCUCGUAAAGGGAAGGAAAAGAAGGAGGAGCAGGUCAUCAGUCUGGGGCCUCAGGUGGCUGAGGGAGAAAAUGUGUUUGGAGUCUGUCACAUCUUCGCCUCCUUCAAUGACACCUUUGUCCAUGUGACCGACCUCUCGGGGAAGGAGACCAUCUGCCGUGUUACUGGUGGGAUGAAGGUGAAGGCCGACAGAGACGAGUCUUCUCCGUACGCCGCCAUGUUGGCCGCUCAGGAUGUCGCCCAGCGCUGCAAAGAGCUGGGAAUCACAGCGCUGCACAUCAAGCUACGGGCUACUGGAGGAAACAGGACAAAGACUCCUGGUCCUGGAGCUCAGUCUGCUCUCAGGGCUCUGGCUCGCUCCGGCAUGAAGAUCGGACGCAUCGAGGACGUCACUCCGAUCCCAUCGGACUCGACCAGGAGGAAGGGUGGACGCCGUGGUCGCCGUCUGUAAACUGAACCAAGGUUUCCUGUCAAUAAAAAUGUUAAAGUCAGA